GAGCGUGUGUGCUCAAGACACAGUCCGGGACGACUUACAUAAUGUCAGCUUUAGGCAAAGUGCCUGUCAUUGGCGCAGCUCCGAAAAUACACAUACACACUAGCAUGCCUGCGAGGCGGGGCCACAGGGGGUGCGGGCUGCGUGGCCCACGCCGCGUGUCCACUCGGGCCACCGGGUGUGAGGCUGUGUCCCUGUGUGUCGCUGACACACACGUACACUGAUACCAGCCCUGCUCCGACGUGCGUGUCAUGGCUUAAAAAUAGAUGCUAAUCCGUCAACCGGUCUGGCGCUGGCAGCCGAGGCGGCGGUGGCGGCCGAGUCAUGGCCGUGGGGCUGUCUGAGCCGGCGAUCUGCCUCCGGGACUGAGACCCGCGCCGCCUCCCGAGCUUCACACGGGCGGCAGAAUCUGUUUCCAGGAAGGGUUGUUUGCGACCCAGAUGGUGGGGUCGCGGAGGAAGAGUAGAUGGCGGUGGUGAUGCUGUUGAAGCCGAGAGCUGCGGUGGUGGUGACGGCUCUCGCGCUCUGUUUCUGUGCUCCUUCCGACCCGCCGGGGAACAAGCCCCGCCCCGAACACCCCAAGGCCCCCUCUCCCCUCACCAGUCCUGAUCCUAAGAGCUCCGCUCCUUUUGCCCCCAGCAGCUACCUGGAGACUGACCCCUCAUCACCGGCCACCCGCGCGGCUGCCACGGUUCCUGCCGCCUCUAAGAUGUGCCCCGGUAACUGGCUCUGGGCUUCGGUGACAUUUAUGGCCCGCUUCUCCCGGGGUGGCUCGAGGUCUCCUGUUCACGCGAGAGGGGCCCUGGAAGAGAUACCAGCUGUCCAGCAUCCCUUCCUCAACGUCUUUGAGUUGGAGAGGCUUCUCUACACGGGCAAGACGGCCUGUAACCAUGCCGACGAGGUCUGGCCAGGCCUCUACCUCGGAGACCAGGAAAUCGCCAGCAACCACCGGGAGCUCUGCCGCCUGGGUAUCAGCCACGUCCUCAACGCCUCUCACAGCAGGUGGCGAGGGACACCCGAGGCCUACGUGGGGCUGGGCAUCCGCUACCUGGGCGUCGAGGCCCACGACUCGCCGGCCUUCGAUAUGAGCGUCCACUUCCAGGCGGCCGCCGACUUCAUCCACCGGGCACUGAGCCAGCCGGGAGGGAGGAUCCUGGUGCACUGUGCCGUGGGCGUGAGCCGCUCGGCCACUCUGGUGCUGGCCUACCUCAUGCUGUACCACAGCCUCACCCUCGUGGAGGCCAUCAAAAAAGUCAAGGACCACCGAGGCAUCAUCCCCAACAGGGGCUUCUUGAGGCAGCUCCUGGCUCUGGACCGCAGGCUGCGGCAGCGUCUGCAGGCGUGAGGGGACAGAGGGAGGGAGGGAGGUCAGGCCAGGCCUGUGGGUCCCUGGAUCCCAGCUGGAGAGUGGAGGCCCCGGGGGGCAGGUUGCAGGCGGCCCAGCGAACCCAUCCUCUCCUGAGAGGGCCGGGACGCG